AAUGCGACUGUCAUUAAUCCUUCUGUUUCUCCAGCUAUGGGGACAUGUGGAAGUUUCUUUCUCAGAAAACGUAUGUUCAAGGCUUCCAAAUGUUCCUCACUCCUAUGUGUCAGAAAAUACUAAAAAAGUUGAGUACCGCGAAGGAGAUGUGAUACAUUUCACAUGCGAGACUGGUUAUAUAUCUGGUCCAACCCUCAGAUAUAUAUGCACAAAUACUGGCUGGGAGAGUUUGCGUCAGGGAAAAUGCAACUUAAAGCCAUGUAAACUCCCUGAGGACAUUCCCAAUGGCUAUUAUGAAAUUAUCCGCGGAGAAGAGCUCGUUUUUGGAACAGUUAUCAAAUACUUUUGCAAUCCAGGGUAUACAAUGGGAGAUAGCGAUGGCACCCGAACUUGUCAGUUGGACGGAUGGAGUAGUACUGUGCCAGUAUGUGAAACUGCCGAGGGUUGUGAGAAACCACCACAUCUUUCAAAUGGAGACCCGAAGGAAAGUUCCAGACUGCAGUACAGCCAUAGUGAAAGGGUUGAGUACAUCUGCCAGGAUUACUACAGAAUGGAGGGUGGGUCGUACAAAACCUGUGUAAAUGGUCAAUGGACUGGAGAGAUGAGAUGCCUCAGAAUCCCUUGUGCAGUUGGAGUAAUGGACCCUAAUCUGCAGGUAACUGGAUUACCACAAGGGAAUGAAGCGAUAAGGACUGGGGACACAUUACAUUUUCGUUGUGCUGAUCAGUAUAAACUGGAAGGUUCUAAAGUAAUCGAGUGUUUAGAAACUGGGUACUGGAAUGCUUCCUUUCCAUCCUGCUCUGAUGAAUGCAAAGUCACAAGAAUAUCAGACAGUGUAAGAAUCACAUCACACAUACAAGGCAAUGGGCUAAAGAAAGGACAAAAGCUAACCUUUACUUGCCUUAGGCGUAACCACUUUAUGCAAGGCAAUAAAACAGUUGAAUGUUUGGCAAAUGGACAGUGGAGCGAUCCGUUUCCAACAUGUGGAGAUCCUGUGGGUUGUGGGAAACCACCAUUACUCUCAGAUGGAGACACCAAAACCAGUACUAAAAGGCAAUACAGCCAUGGAGAAAGGGUUGAGUAUAUCUGUCAAAAUUACUACACAAUGGACGGUACACCAUAUAAAACCUGUGAAAAUGGUAAAUGGACUGGACAGAUGAAUUGCCUCAAACCCUGCACUGUAAAUAGAGACGACAUGAACAAACACAAUAUUCAAUUCAGAUUUGUCAGGGAUGAUAAGCUGUAUUCAGUACAUACUGAUGUAAUUGAGUUCAGCUGUACCAGGGGAAGACCUGUUGGCAGUUUGAGAAUGCGUCAGAAGUGCAUUGACGGUGUAAUGCAUCUGCCCACAUGCCAGUAA